AUGCAAGUCAAACUCAAAGCUUAUCCCUCUCAAUUUUUGAAACGAAGGAAGAAACUUGUCGGACUGAAUAGAGUUUCCGAUAUUUAUUGUGUGGUGAUUUCUCCGUUGAUGACUCGUUUGUUGGAUAUUUGGAGCGUUGGGGAUUGUGAACAAUGUGUGAGCAAGGAAAUAUUUCCCAGACAAUAUUUUGUUGAACUUGAUGGCAUACAGCCAUCUAUGGAAUCCAAUAUGAAUGAUAAUAAUAAUAACAUUAUUCGAGGAAUUAUUUUGACGCUCUAUGUUGAUCCAUCAUUGGGAGUAUUGAAAGCUAAUUUUAAAGCAGAAGAGGUGGAAAGAGAAAUUUAUAUGAAUGAAAUUGCUAUGAAAAGUUUCGGACUUGAGGAAGACCAAGCAAUUAUAAUUAACAAAAUUGGAAUUUAUGACCAAAUACCGGAAUUACAACGAGUACUUUUGAAACCAUUCUCUAACAUGAGUUUCUCCAAAAUUUUGCCAGUCAACAAAAAUUAUAUCAAAGAAUUUAUAACAAGAAAACAAUUUGUUAAGAGACGUUCCAACAUUUAUAUUCCAAUCAAUGCUUUUGAUAACAAUACUGGUUUCAUGGAGUUUACUGUUCAAGUGAAAUAUUUCAAUGAAAACGAGUUAAAUGCUGCAGAAUGGGGUAGAAUAUCGGACAAGACAAAAAUUAUUGUCAAUUCAGAUGAAAUAGAUUUAAAUCAUUUACAAAGCAGAACAUAUUGGAAAAGCGAACAAUAUUUCACAUUGCGCUCUUUGAUUAAUCACUCAAUGAAGAAUAGAGCCAACUCUAUCCGAAGUUUUUUAAUUUAUGGAGCUGGAGGAAAUGGUAAAUCUAGCCAGGUUUUUCACAUCGCCAAAGAUUUGAAUUUGAAUGUGAAAAAACUCUCUCCUGCUUCACUCUAUCAAAAUAUUUAUCAAGAUGAAGAAGGAGUAUUCAACCUUUAUCAUCAAUUGAAAGAAGCAGAAAGCUUAUAUCCAUGUAUAUUUCUUAUAGACGAAAUUGAUACACUGUUUCCUGAAGAUGAAGAAUCCAAAGAUUUACUACUUCUCAAUCAGUUACUUUCGAUUUUCAACUAUCUAGAGUCAUCACCAUUUCCACUCUGCCUCGUUGGUAUUACCAGUCAAAUCGAACGCCUUGACCCAUUUGUAAAACAAAAAUUCGAAGAACAUAUUAUGAUCGACGUUCCAAGUAAUGAAGAACGUUUUAAUAUUUUCAAGACGCUUUUAAUGAAUGAUGAUAGUGUUACAGUGGAAUUAGAGAUGAAUCAAUCUGAGUUGAUCCAAUUCAAGACAGAAGAUAAUCUCCUCAAAGAUAUUUCUUUUAAUCACUUUCAUGGUUUGGUACAAGCAGAUAUUGCUCUUCUGUGCUCUAAUUGUAUUCAAAAUGCGAAAAUGAGACAAUUACUUCAUUCUCCCAAUCCACAUAGAGAUGUCAAUACACCAUCCAAAGUGUAUAUUUCUUCGAGCGACAUUAUUGAAGAAGUUACAAAUAUAGAGCCAUAUUCGAUACGACAAUCUUCACAAUCACUGACGAUACCACAAAUCCCUAAAGUGAGCUGGGAGGAUAUUGGAGGUCUUCAUGAUAUCAAAUCCAAAUUGAAUGAAAUGAUGGUUUGGCCUUUAAAACACUACGAGUCGUAUGUGAGAAUGGGGAUUAAGCCACCCACUGGCUUGUUGCUUUAUGGCCCACCAGGUACUGGAAAAGCUGAAGUUGGAGAAUCUGAGAAAACUCUUGCUGAGAUAUUUCGCAGAGCUCGUUUGGCGAGCCCUUGUGUCAUUUUCUUUGAUGAAAUUCAAGCAAUAUUUGGAGAUCGAAUGGACUCUUCGAGUGGAGAACAACGUUUAAUUUCGCAAUUAUUGCUUGAACUGGAUUCUUUGGAGAAUAUCGAAUUUUCCACACAGCAACGAGCGAGAACUAACUCUGGAGACAAUGAUGUCAUCAAAAACACAUCCAGCAAUGACAACAACAAUGGCUGUGUCAUUGUAAUUGCAGCAACCAAUGUUCCACACAAAAUUGAUCCAACCCUUCUCAGACCAGGAAGAAUUGAACAUGUUCUCUAUGUUGGCCCACCUGACAGCGAGGCAAGAAAAUCCAUAUUUGAAAUGUGCAUUAAGGAAAUGACAGUCGAAGAAACAGUCCUUCAGUAUGUCGAUUCCUUUGUCGAAAGGACCAAAAACUUUUACUCUGGAGCAGAUAUAGCAAACAUUUGCCAACGUGCCGGUCUUAAUGCCCUUUCCAGGUCUAUUCUUUCUCAAGGUAAUACCAACACGUCUGUUGAGAGAGAUGUUGUCUCUGUCGAAGAUUUUGAACAAGCCAUAUCCAUGGUCUCACCCUCACUUACUGCAUCACAGUUGCAGUAUUAUAAGAAUUGGGAGCUUCAUCGACGUUAUGGUGAUUUGGAAUAG